UUGUAAUUAACUUCUUGUUUAGCUUCAAUAAAUCAGUUUCUUUCUGUGUGUUUUCUAUUUCGACUGCAAAAGAGAGAGCCGAAAAAAGGAGAAGAAGAGAAAGAGGGAAAAAGAAUGAGAACGUGUGAGCUGUGUGAAAGUGUGGCGAGAAUGUACUGUGAAUCGGACCAAGCCAACCUGUGCUGGAGGUGCGAUGAGAAGGUUCACCGUGCGAAUUUUCUUGUAGCCAAACACUCCAGGAGUCUCUUGUGUCACGUCUGUCAGUCUCUUACGGCGUGGAAAGCCUCCGGCCCGAAGCUCAGCCCGACGGUCUCCGUAUGCGACUCGUGCGUCACAUCUGCUCACGGCGAAGCUCAUGAUAAUGAACUUGUUAAACCUGAGAAUAAACAGAGUGAAAGAACUACCGAUGAGGAUGACGAUGAUGAAUAUGAUGAUGAUUACGAUGACGAUGACGAUGACGAUGAUGAUGAAUAUGAUGAUCCUGAUGUGGAUUAUGAUGAGGAAGAUGAUGAAAAUCAGGUGGUUCCGUGGUCUGGUGAUUCAGAGUAUCCUCCUACUCUUGUAGCGAGUUCUUCAUGUUGUAGUAGCAGUGUAGAACAGGGUUCAUUGAAACGAGGUCUUGAUUUCAGCGAUUUUUACUCUGACGAUGAAAUCGGUUGUUCAAAUUCGCAACAGUGCUCUAUAGCAGCCGCUAACGAGGAAGCGAACUCUUCUUUGAGCUCAUUUAGACCGUCGAAACAAGCAAGAAGAACAGCGGAGGAAGAUCGCGGUCAAGCAGACUCAAGAUCGACGGCUGUUGUUAGUGCUGUGCACGGAUUCCAAAAACAGAUGGUUACAAACGAUGCUGACGCCGCCACCACAGUUCUUGGGAUCUAUCAACUCAGCAGAGAUGAAAACCGUUGAUUUCUCUUCCACUAUCCAACCCAGCAAAGACGAGAACCGUUGGUUUCUAUCUCACUAACCUUACAUUUCGAGGUAGUUAUGCUUUUUAGUUAUCACUAAUCAAAGUUAAUACUCGUUCAGCCUUACUUAACUUUGUUCUGAUCAAAGGGGCUUAUUUAAUCUUCCUUGUCUAUUAUUUUUCAAAAAAAAAAAAAAUUUGUGGUUAUCAUAUUGGUUCCUUUUCUUAUUGUUUAUGUAUUUUCUGUCAUUUGUUCAUCUAUUUUUGACUUUACUGAAACUGAAGAUUGGGAUUGUGAAAAAUAAGCUGAUUGAAUUUGCAUUUUGUGAGAAAA